AUGGCUCUCGUCACCUUCACUCUGAGCGAGGACGGCGUGGGCGCCUUCAAUGACGCCCUGGUCUGCAUUCAUAAGUUCAGUGACGAUGUGUCGCUUGAGGUCAAGAAGGACAAGCUGAUUCUCACUGCACUGAAUCUCACCAAAUCUGCCUACGUCUCCUUCACCUUCGCCGCCAACAGGUUCUUCUCACGCUUUCAUUUCGAGGGAAACGCACAGUAUCGCGAGAGAUUUUUCUGCUCACUUUACAUCAAGGCAGGUUUAGGACUACUCCGCCAAGCUACCAGAUGCGGUGAUCCUACCAGAGAUCGCGACAAUGUGACAACUAUCGAAAGAUGUGAUGUAGCUAUCGAUGAUGGCCCCGGAAAGAAAAGCCGCUUCAUCGCAAAGAUCUUCUGCAGAAAUGGAAUUACUGCGACUCAUCGGCUGUCAUUCGAAGCUAAGGCUCCUGUCCAUGCAAAGUUCGACAAGAGUGAGGCUAUCAACCACUGGACUAUCAACUCGCGGACUUUGCGUUCGCUGAUGGAGCAUUUUGGGCCUGGCAUCGACCUUCUCGACAUCAACACCGACGGCGAGAACGUCGUCAACUUUACAUGUUUCACGGAGAAGCAGGUCAGUGUGAACAACGAAGCUGUGUUGAAGAAACCACUCCAUACCUCGAUCGCGGUGGAAAUGGACGAGUUCGACGAUAUCGAGGUGGCAGAGAAGCUUCACAUCAUCAUCAGUUUCAGAGAUUUCCGUGCUAUUCUUCAGCAUGCGAACUGGACAAGUAGUGACCUCAAUGCCACAUACUCAAGACCCGGCCGGCCAAUGAAGAUUUCGUACGGCCGCGAUGGCAUCCUCUGCGAGUUCGUGCUGAUGACGGUGGACGAGAAGAGCACAGCAGUGCAAAAGAAGGGCCAAAGCAAAGCCGCCGCAAAGACUGCCAGACCAGCUCUGAAUGCUGCACCCAACACGCCCACUACUGGUGCCAACAACGACUCGCGGCAACCAACCCCUGCUCCUCCGAGGGAGCAGCAAGACCAGCAAGCCAGAAUGCCACCACCGGCACGGAGAUCAACUGCCCCGCGCUCGUCGCAAUUCGAUAUCCGAGCACCUCUAGUCCAACCACAGUCCACCCUCAAAUCCGAAUCGCUGUUCCUACCACAGCCAGACGACGAUGAAAUGUGGGCACCUGUCAAUCCAGACGACGAUGAAGAGGGCGAGAACCCUCGACUAGAGUGGGAUGCCAGCAAUGAGCCGAAUCCAUCGACCAUGCGGAUCAGCGACCACUCCAGCAACACCCAAAGCAACCCGCCGAUCGACUCUGGAGGGCCCUUGCCACCAUUCGUGGAGCCGACGCAAAGGGUGUCCGACGUCCGCAAAUUUGGCCUCUUUGGAGACUGGUGA